AAACAUUCGUUAAUUGGACAGUAAAAUGAAAGCUAUCACACUUUGUCUUUUGGUCCUGGUUUCGGCCACUUUCCUACUGACAACUCAGGCCAAUUCAAGUGAAUUCCGAGAAGAAAACCUUGACUAUGAAUUUGACUUCGAAUCGGAGCUGGAACAGCUGCUCGAUGAAUUGGAUAAUGACAAUGACUAUAUGGAUGUUGAAGAACAGGGCUUUAUUCGUACCUGCAGAAAAAUCCUUCGGAAGGCUUUGAAAACAGUUCGUGGCACCAACUGCAUUAUCAAGGAGGUGGUGAACAUCCUGAGUUCCUGCACCAACUACGUGGAUGCCAUCGAUGCCUGUGGCACUGCCAUUCCCAAGGAUGUGGCCAAGAUUGUGGACUCUGUCAAGCAGAUUAUCAAAAUCUGCAAUGACAUUCUUCACAUUAAAUCGAAACUUUGCGCUGCGAAAAAGUCCGUGGGCUCGGUCAUCGAGAACUCAUCCAAAUGCUUUUGGAAAUUGUUCAAGGCCUCCAUGAAACUGACCAGGAAAAUCAAUAAGACCCUAAAGCUGAUCGCCAAGUUGCCCACAGAUACCAGCUCCUGCUUCGUGAAUGCCACCAAUAAGGUCACGGUCUCCUUCAACUCCUUCUUGCCCAACAUCAAUGUCUGCAUUGAGUCUAUGUAAAUUCUUAAUUUAAAUGUUUUCAAUUGUUUACCGAUUUGUCUGUGCUAAUUUCCAAAAGGUUUCUCUAUUACUAAAAGAGUUAGAUCUCAAUAAACAUUUUAUAAUAUUUUAUAAAAAACAUUA